AUGCUAUUCUUUCAACUAAUUUCCACUUUACUUUACACAGCUGAAAGCACAAAUGGGAAAGAUGAUUGCGUGAAGCGUUUCACAAAUCCCAAAGACAAGACAUCAAUGGUCUGCGUUUGCAAUACACAACAGUGCCACACAUUUCCACGAGUUAAGUCCCUUUCUGGUGAUUCUGCUUACUUCUAUGAAACAACCGCGUCGGGUCUCCGAUUCGAGAAGUCGGAGAUAAAAAAUAACACGAAAAAUGAAUGGGAUAAAAUGGGAUUUCGAUUGAAAGUGAUCACGACGGAGAGAUUUCAAGAAAUUAUUGGAUUUGGAGGUGCGAUGACUGAUGCAGCCGCGAUUAAUAUUGAUCGAUUGGAUAAUGAAGAAUUGGAGGAGAUAUUGUUGCAUUCAUAUUUCGGAGAUCAAGGAAUCGAAUACAAUGUCAUUCGAAUUCCGAUUGCUUCAUGCGAUUUCUCAACUCGUGAAUAUUCGUAUUUGAAUACUCCGGGAGAUUUCUCUCUCAAUAGUUUUCAUCUUGCCGAAGAAGAUCAAUGGAAAAUUAAAUUUAUUCGAAGAGCACAAAAAAUGGCUAGAUUACCGAUAAAAAAUUUCGGUAGUCCAUGGUCAGCACCAGCUUGGAUGAAAACAACAGGACAUAUGAAAGGCGGGGGGAAACUUCUGGAAGGAGAAAAAUACUCGAAAACCUAUGCUGAGUAUUUUGUGAGAUUCAUCGAGGACUACACGGCACAAGGGAUCCCCAUUUGGGGUGUCACCGUUCAAAAUGAACCAUCAUUGGGUGAAGAUGAAAAGUACGGCUUUCAAGCAAUGUUUUUCCCGCCAAAGGAUCAAUCCGAUUUCGUGGCUAAUCACCUUGGGCCGACAAUUGCAAAAUCAAAAGUGGCCAAUCGAACAUUGAUCAUGAUACAUGAUGAUUUUAGAGGGAAUCUCCCAGAAUGGGCUGAUAUUACUUUGGCUAAUCCGAAAACCGAUGAUUUCGUCUCGGGAAUCGCCGUUCAUUGGUAUGGAGAUAGGGAUGCGGAUCCGAUGAAAUUGACACAAACAAAAGAGAAACAUCCAAGGAAAUUUAUUCUCGGAACAGAGGCUUGCACGGGACCCGGCAUCGAUUUGGGAAGUUUCUCUCGGGGAGAACGGUAUGCCGAAGAUAUAAUCGAGGAUUUGCAACAUGAUGUCUCUGGAUGGGUUGAUUGGAAUUUGGCUUUAGAUUUACAAGGAGGACCAAAUUGGGUGUCGAAUUUCGUCGAUUCCCCAAUAAUUGUCAAUCAUACAGCAAAAGAAUUCUAUUUACAACCAAUGUUUUAUGCAAUGGGACAUUUCAGUAAAUUUAUCAAACCUGGCGCAAAAAGGGUUUCGAUUAAGAUGCAAAAAGUGAAAGAUGUUCAAGGAAUUGCUUUCAUCAAUCAAGAUGGUACUGUGGCUGUUGUUGUGCAAAAUAAAGGAGAUUUUGGAGUGAAAAUAUCGAUUGAAGAUGAAAGGGGAAAACAAUAUCGAGUGACAUUGCAACAAAGAUCCAUCAAUACUCUCGUUUAUAAA